AUGGAUGAGUUCGUGAAAGAAGAAUCCACAAUCAUUUCGCUCUCGGAACACGGAAAUUACGAUGUUUGCCAAGAAAUCAGGGCUGGAAGAAAAGGAGGAGAAGACGGGAAAGAAGAUGAAAGCAAUAUAUGUCUAGCAAAGGACUGUACAUCAUUAGGAAAUAAGAAAGACAUAAAUGGAACUGAAGAGAAUAGUUUGUCGGGCAAGAAAACAAAUCUGACUGCUUUAAAAAACCAGUUUCUGGUGGUAGGCCCACGAAGGGGUAGAGGUGUGGGGAAAGUGAAGAACUUUCAUCCAAAUGAGUCUACAAAAGGCGCAAGUGCUUCUCCCGAUGAGAAUGAAGAGCAGCUCGAUUGUGCACCAGACUUGAAUGUUUCAGUCAAAGGGACGGUUGAUUCCGAGAGCACGAAACUUCUCUCUUUAGCAUCAGCCCAGAAGUUGAAAGAGAAGUCUGUACCACUCCCCUACAAAGAACCAACCUGGAGUGGUAUACCGGAAGCAGAUUAUGGCCUUGAAGUUCUAAAAGAUGGAAGGAUUAUAGAAAGAAUUGAACUAUCUCGCAAGCCAUUCUAUGUUAUUGGCCGCUUGUCGACAUGUGACAUACAAAUGGCUCACCCAACAAUAUCGCGAGAUGAUCAGAACUCCUCCGGAUUUUACGUGUAUGAUUUGGGUAGCACACACGGCACUUUUCUAAACAAGUACAAAAUUAAACCAAAUAUUCACGUGAGGAUUCAGGUUGGUCAUCUGCUGAAAUUUGGCAACAGUACUAGGAUGUUUAUUCUUCAGGGACCAGAUACGGAUCAAGAGCAAGAAUCAGAGUUAACUGUGACAGAACUGCGAGAAAAGCGGAGAAUGGAACAGGAGGAACGAGACAAAGAGGAAUAUAUGCGUGAAAUGGAGGAGAAAAAACGCAAGGAACGUGAGGAAGAAGAAGGCAUUGACUGGGGCAUGGGUGAGGAUGCAGAUGAAGAAACAGAUCUUUCUCAAAACCCUUAUGCUGCUGCACCAAAUGAAGAUCUGUAUAUUGAUGAUCCUAAGAAGACCUUACGUGGAUGGUUUGAAAGAGAAGGAUAUGACUUGGAGUACAAUGUGGAAGAGAAAGGGUUUGGACAGUUCCUGUGCACAGUGGAACUUCCAAUUGGGAACGGAAUGAUUGCUGAGGCUCUUGUGAAGGGUAAAAAGAAAGAGAUUGUGGUGCAGUGUGCUCUCGAAGCUUGUCGUGUUUUGGAUCCCUUCGGAAUGUUACGCCAAGCUACUCACGAGAGCAGAAAACGAAAAGCUAAGAAUUGGGAGGAAGAUGAUUUCUAGGACAGUGAUGAAGACACUUUCUUAGACAGAACAGGAGCCGUUGAAAAGAAAAGGCAACAGAGGAUGCAGGCAGCCGGUAAAGUGCAACAAGAAGCGGAGACUUAUGAUCCACUGCUCAAGAAGUACAAUGAAGUUCAGCAACAGAUAAAAGAAAUGGAAAAACAGUACAUCAUAGCAGCGCAGAAACUUUCUCGUAAUAGUGGUGAUUCCGUGGAUGAUGAUGAUGAUGAUGAUGAUGAUAAUGAAGAUGCUCUGGAUGCAUACAUGACACAGUUGUCAUCUGGUAUUGUUGAUAAAAAAGCUGUGUCCAAUUUGAAAAUUCAAUUACAGUCACUCAGGAGUGAGGGUGAUCACUUGCGGAAAUUGGUGAAUAUUGCAAAGCCGGCCAGCUUGCCCGAACUUGUCCCUAGUGAAGAGCUAUCAAAACUGCAGACUAGCAACAGAGUUGCAUUAGUUGCCGCAGUCAAAAGAAAAGUAAAGGACGAACAGAUGAGCAAGAUGUCCCAUAAAAUAAUACCAGAUGUUGAUUCAAAGUUGGAAGGUGUAGAAGAACAGGAAGAGGAAGAGGAUGAAGAGGAAGAGCAAGAACAGAAAGAAGCAGACAAAGAAGAACAAAAUAAUCGAAAGAGAAAUCAAGAUACAGGUGGAAAUCGUGACCAAAGAACAGUAAAACAAUCUGAACAGGAAGCUGUGUCAUUAAAUAGUCGUGGGGAGAAAAGAGAACAGCUUCACACAGAAAAGAAACCAUGUACUCUAGAUGACAACAGUGUUAUUGGGAAAAUGGCACAGAAAAUGGACUAUGAUUACGAUGAAUCCAACCCAGAUUAUUCAGUUUGGGUUCCCCCAGAAGGCCAGACAGGUGAUGGUCGUACAAAGCUCAAUGAAAAGUAUGGGUACUAGAUUGAUUCCUGCCAUGAGUGAAAAGUUAUCAAAACGUGCACAGUUUUCCUCCCAAUGUAUAUGCACUUCAAAGUACGCUGUGAUAGUGCAUGUGUUACCUGUUGACAUACCUUGUUUGUGAUUCUGGAGCAGUUAUUUUCCCUUUCACAGAUAGAUAAUAAUUUGACAGUCUUCCUUUACUUGUAAUGAAGAAAUAAAUAAAGCAAGGGAAAGGUAAACAGCACUUCUGAGUGAGAUGAAUUUAUUAUUUGUAACUACAGUGAUGCUAAAUUGGUACCGACAUUUAUGAAAUGACAGACUUCACAUUGACUUUGUUUCAUUGGAAUUAUAAACAUUGGGGUAAUUAUCAUGCAUGAAAAUUUUUGUUGCUUUUCUUUAUUUGUAAGAGUAUGCAUAACUGAGAUUAAUAAACAGAUAAGUGGUUAAAGAGGAUAAA